CCCCCCUGUGACCCCCCAGGACCCCCCAGGACCCCCCGAUGUCCCCUGGGUCCCUCCCCCCAGGUUGGGGGUCCCGUUUGGGUCUGGGGGCUCGCCGGGUGCUGCUCCGGGGGGCUCUGGGGCUCAGCCUGGCCCUGCUCCUGCUCUGGGCUUCGAUUUUCCUCUACGGCUCCUUCUACUGGGCCUACCUGCCCACGGCGGCCGUGCUGAGACCUGUGCACCUGGAGUUCAGGUCCGACUGCGAGCGCCCCGGCCCCGAGCUCUGCUCCUUCCCCUCGGCCAACGUCUCCCUGCUGGGGGAGCACCGCGAGAAGGUGUUGCUGUACGGGCAGCUGUACCGGAUCUCUCUGGAGCUGGAGCUGCCGGAGUCUCCGGUGAAUCGCGAGCUCGGGAUGUUCAUGGUGAGGCUGAGGCUCUACGGGAACGGAGGGAAAACCCUGGCAACGGCCUCCAGAUCCGCCAUGCUCCAUUACCGCUCCCGGCUGCUCCGGGCCCUUCACACCGCGGCCUUCGCCCUCCUCUUCCUCAGCGGCUUCGCCGAGCAGAGCCAGACCCUGGAGCUGGAGCUGCUGGGGCGCUACCGGGAGGACCCCUACACGCCGACCGUGGGGGCGUUGGUGGAGAUCCAGAGCCGGCGCGUGCAGCUCUACGGGGCCCGGCUGCGCGUGCACGCGCACUUCAGCGGGCUCAGGUACCUGCUCUAUCACUUCCCGCUCACCUGCGCCGUGCUGGGCGUGGCCGGGAAUUGGGCGCUGCUGGCGCUGCUCAGCCUGGGGGGGGUACCUGCAGUGGGGGAGGGGCACCCAACCCCCCCAACCCCCCCAACACGGACAGGAGCGGCGCAGCCGGGGAGGAGCCCCCGAGGAGGGGGAGGGGAAAGAUCUUUCAGCCUCCCCCCAAAAUUCGGAGGAGCCGGAAAUGGUGGGGCCCAGCCAAGACCCCCCCCUGCUCAGCGCCGCCAACGCCCCCCCCAAGGAGGGGGAGGGGCAGGAGGAGGAGGAAGAGGAGGAGGUGGGGGAGGGGCUGGAGGAGGAAGAGGGGGUCACCCUCACGCCCCUCCCCCACCCCCCGGACCGCCCCUCCCCCCUCCGGCAGCGCCUCCUCUGCUCCAGCUCCUGAGCCCCUCCCCCACCCCCCGGGGGGGUCUCAAUAAAGGCUUCGGCCCCUCCCCCACCCCCCCCAAAAAUGAGUUCGGGAUUUUAGGGCGAUAUUUUUGA